AAUACCAAAAAAGAAAGACCCAGCAGGCAUUAAAAAAGAUUGGCCUCCCAGUAUCUCUCUCCAAUUCAUGUACCUGAUUCCCACACAAAACAAGUACUUCACUUCAUUCCCCUUCAUUCAAUCAUCAUGUGUGUUUCAAUCUCAAAUCCUUCCUCUGCCCCUGCAACCAAUUUCCCCCCGCCGCCACCACCGCCGCCACCGUCCCAAUUACUUCACUUUUUCGAUGUUUUCCCCAAAAAACAGCCACCACCGCCACCGCCACCGCAGCAGUUAUUUUCAUUUUCAGAAAUUAUCACCGAAGCCAAAUCUCUGUUCUCAUUGGCUUUCCCAAUUGCUCUAACGGCUCUCAUAAUCUAUUCCCGUUCAAUCAUUUCCAUGCUUUUUCUCGGCCGGCUCGGUGACAUGGAACUCGCUGCCGGUUCACUCGCAAUCGCCUUCGCUAAUAUCACCGGUUACUCUGUUCUCUCCGGUUUGGCUUUAGGCAUGGAGCCACUCUGUUCUCAAGCCUUCGGAGCCCACCGUCCGAAGCUCCUUUCUUUAACCCUUCACCGUGCGGUAAUUUUUCUUCUUGUAUCUUCAUUACCCAUUUCUUUACUGUGGGUAAAAAUGUCCAAAAUUCUCCUCUUACUCCGUCAAGAUCCAAGCAUCACAGCAAUGGCGCAGACUUAUUUGUUUUUCUCUCUCCCCGACCUUGUCACCAAUUCUUUCAUUAACCCAAUCAGAAUUUACCUUCGCGCUCAGGGCAUUACCGUCCCAUUAACUUUAGCAUCGCUUGGCGGGGCACUCUGUCACGUGCCGAUCAAUAUCCUGUUGGUUAGUUAUUUUGAGUUUGGGGUAGCUGGCGUGGCGGCCUCAGCGGCGGCUACGAAUUUUUUGGUGUUGGUUUUUUUAGUGGUGUACGUCGUUGUUUCGGAUGUUCACGCUCCGACGUGGACGGCGCCGAGCCGGGAAUGCUUGAGUGGCUGGAAGCCGCUUUUGGAGCUAGCCGCGCCGAGCUGUAUAUCGGUUUGUUUGGAAUGGUGGUGGUACGAGAUUAUGAUCGUGUUGUGUGGACUUCUUGUGGACCCCAAAGCAACCGUUGCUUCGAUGGGGGUGUUGAUUCAAACGACGUCGUUGAUUUAUAUUUUUCCGUCGUCUCUUGGUUUUGCUGUUUCAACUCGCGUUGGGAAUGAACUCGGCGGUGGCCGGCCGCAGAAAGCGAAGCUUUCCGCUGUGGUUGCGGUGUUUGUGGCGGCGAUUAUGGGGUUGGGAGCGACGUCGUUUGCCACAGGGAUGAGGAAUAAAUGGGCCAGGAUGUUUACCGACGACGGCGAGAUUCUCCGGCUGACGUCGGUGGCGCUACCGAUUUUGGGGCUGUGUGAACUCGGAAAUUGCCCGCAGACCGUUGGAUGCGGCGUUUUGAGAGGGAGUGCCCGGCCGUCUGUGGCGGCGAAUAUAAACCUCGGCGCGUUUUACGGCGUUGGUAUGCCGGUGGCGGUUGGGCUUGCAUUCAGAUUAGGGGUUGGGUUUUGUGGGCUUUGGUUGGGCCUAUUGUCGGCCCAAGUUUGUUGUGCUGGGCUUAUGUUGUAUGUGAUCGGGACCACUGACUGGGACUUUCAAGCUUGUAGGUCCCACGUGCUGACGUGUACUGCGGGUGAUGAAUUACCCUUAAUUUCUCCGCCCACACAUAAUUAAUUUUUCCUAAAUUACAGCAAAUUGUAAAACAAUUUAAUUUAUCAAAAUUUAACGUAUUAUUAACCUGUCAAAAUUUAUCUCAUUAAUCUCUAUAAUCAUAAUACAGGUUAG